ACACGAUCGCGCGUCUUUCACUGGGAUGGAAUGGAGAAGGACGUGAAGAAGCUGGUCGAUGGAUGCACUGAGUGCUUGAAGGCGAAGCACCCAACCGUGCGCUACGGCAAACUGCCGCCCAAGACCGUGGAAGUCUGGCCGUGGUUCGAGAUUGCGGUUGAUUCGAUCGGUCCGUACGGAUCGCAGAAGUUCAGGGCACUUUCAAUCAUUGACACGGCGACCAGGCUGAUGGAGUUGCUGCCGGUGAUCAACCCCGACAGCGCCGAGGCUGCCUACCUCGUCGACCGCCACUGGCUGUGCCGCUACCCAAAACCGGUUCGAUUCAUCCACGACGGCGGAAGUGAAUUCAAGCGUGAGGUGCAUCGCGUCAUUGGCGAGAAGAUGCGGACGCAGGAGAUCACGACGAGUGAGGAAUGGGAGAGCUUCCUCCACAACACUACCUUCGCAGCACGAGGAUCAAAUCACUCGAUGCUGAAGGCGUCGCCAGCUCAACUCGCGUUUGGCCGCGACAUGUUCGUCGACCUGGCGCACAAGACGGACUGGGAGGCUGAACAUCUCCGAAAGGUACAACUAGUCCGCCUACACAAUGAGCGAGAGAACCGUGGGUGA